AUGACGCCCCCGCCCAGCCGUGAGCCGUCCGGCCGUGAUCUGCCCGGCCGCGACCUGCCCGGCCGCGACCUGCCCGGUCGUGACCCGCCCGACUGUGGUCCGUCCGGCCGUGACUGCCCGGCCCUUGACCUGCUCGGCCGUAACGCGCCCGGCCGUGACCUGCCCCGCCUGCGGAAGGUGCUGGACCUGCGGGCCGGCUACUGGCUGGCAACUGAAGUUUUAUCCUGCCCCAGCUGCCGGCCCAUCAAGGUCUACACGGCCUGGGACGAACGGCUGAUCAGACAGCUGGAUGUCGCGCAUCAGCUGCAAUUUCCAGCGGUCUUGACGUAUAAGCUGACCUGCGACAAGGCUGUCGUCCGGCUGCUCCGCGAGCGGACGCUGGGCAACAGCCCCACCCAGCUGAUGAAGCAGGUGGCGGAGCAGGUCAGCGAGGACCAUCUGAGCCGCAUGUUGCUCUACAUGAGCGACUGCAGCAUGCGAUCCGCGGCAUUCGAGGCCUGGCAGCGACCGUUCCCGCCGCCGCCGCCGGCCCGGUGA